UCGCGGCUGAGGAGGAAGCUGGAGAAACAGAAGAAGAUGGAAGUUUAUGCCGAUGCCGAUCAAAUCCUCCAGGAGGAGAUCAAAGAAUACCGGGCCCGCCUCACCUGCCCGUGCUGUAACACGCGGAAGAAGGACGCCGUGUUCACAAAGUGUUUCCACGUUUUCUGCUUCGAGUGCGUGAAGACGCGAUACGAUUCCCGCCAGCGCAAAUGUCCCAAAUGUAACGCGGCCUUCGGAGCGCACGACUUCCACCGAAUAUACUUCAACUAGACCCCG